CAACCGUUACAUUUGGAUCUCUUCUCUUUCUUUUUAAAUGGGUUUUCCAUAUCCAAAUUCUCAAUAAGUUUAUUGACUGCAUUGUUAUAUUAGUUAUUACAGGAAAAAGGAGAAAACAAGAAACCAUGUCUGCUUUGAGAGAAGGAAAAAAGAAAAGGCAGAUAGCUAUAGAGCCCACUCCCAUUUCUUCACAAGACAAGAAGGAACUUCCACAUCAAGAAGAAGAAGAAAAGGUCUUGAAAAAAGAAAUACAAGAUCUUAGACAAUGGACUGAGAUGAUAGAUGUUAUGAAUGACGAGCAAUUAAAAGAGUAUUUGAAAAACAGACCCGAUCAAUUCAAAACUGUAAAGAUAGAAAGGAGUAAGCCAAGACAAAGAGUUAGGAAGACCAAAUCUUCAACCUCAACUGGAAUAAUGGCUUCGGUAUGGAAAUUCCACAGGGAAGACGAUAACUGAGGAUUGUCACUUCACUUUCGAUGCUUGAAGAAGCCUGUACCUUGCCUAUUAAAAUCUAAACCAAGUGGUUUCAGGGGCUAAUUAAUAUUUACAUAUUUUCAAUUAUCUUUUACUAUAAUAAUUAAAUUAAAAGUUA